GUAAAUUCAGUGCGAAUGUUGAAUUCAGUUCCUUUCCAUUUUCUGCUUAUAGUGCAGUGUUUAAAAUCUGACACACUUACAGACUUUUUAUUGUAUUCUUAGUGCACACAGGCCAGUAGAGAACCUUUUCUUCAUUCAAGGCUCUCCGUGGUUCACUAAGUAACGAACAAUGUAAGACUUGUCAAACUUGUCACUCUGAUAGUACAGUGCCACUUGAUCAAAGUCUGUCGAAGUAUACACCUGUUGUCAAUCAAAAAAUGAACCUCAGUAUCGGUUAUAAAAAGGGUUUUCGUUCAAAGUCCCUUACAAAUCUGUUUCUUCAGGCAAGAUGAAGUCUCAACUGUUGAUGGUGCUGGUGUUAGCUGUCCAGGCUUGGGCAGCUUGUCCCUCAUACUCCGUUGUGGAGUCUUUGGAUGCUGAGAAGUUCGCGGGUAUGUGGUAUCAAUACGGCAGCUAUGGUAAGUUCUUCGUCAAGGGUUGGGACAGAUGUGUUAAGUCCGACUACGAGCUGGGAGACGACAAGAAGACAUUCACGAUCAAAAACUCGAGGAUAGUUAACAAAAUUGACAAACCCAUCGAGUCUACAUGGGUUGCUGUGGCUUCCGAUCCUGCUGAUGGAAAGCUCUCUCUCGACUUUAAAGUUCCAAUACUCGGAAAGAUGUCUACCACCCUCAAUGUUCUGGACACUGACUACAAUUCCUAUGCCGUUCUUGCCGUCUGCAAACAACUCGGCUUCAUCCGAUUUAGAUCUGCCUGGCUCUUCACGAGGAAGAGCACUCUUUCUGAAGAAGAGGAAAAUACCAUCUCGACUGCCGUGGAGCCGGUUCUGAAGAAGAGCGGAUUUGACAGGUCAAAGUUCGCCCUGACCAGCCAACAGGAUUGUGACAACCCAUCUGAUAUUCUGCAGCACUUGGACAAGGUAGCCGAUAUUAUCAAAGGCUGAUCUUACAAAAAUAAUAAAUUAUGUUUGAUCUCUUAACAA